AUGACCGAGCUCGAGCAAUCGCAGAACGCCGCCAGCGAGGCUGCCGCCGCUGCGGUUGCCCGCCUCAAAGAUGUGGUGACCGCCCGCGAGGACGCCGAGUAUGCGGCGAUGCAGGCGCGGGCGGAGGCGGAGCGGGCGGCAUCCAACACGGACUACUUCCCAACGACCUCCUUCUCGAAGCAGCACCCCAGCACGCGGGUGGCCACGCCAGCGACGCGGCAGCGGCUGGCCAACCGGCUGAAGGAGGCCGAGAUCCGGGCUGCGAUGCUCAGGAAGAAGGAGCUGGAGGCGUCUGCGACAGCCAUGACCGUCCGCGAGAAGGGCGCUGUCGCUCAAGCCGCAGCCGCCUUGCAGCCUGCCCUGCCUUGCGUGGACACUGCGGGGGAGGGAGCGGCGCGAGCAGGAGCUCCGGACGCGGGCGAGGGCAGACCACUCGUGCAGUGGACCUCGAACGGCGCGGCGCUGUACGAGAGGGCGGUGGCGCGGCGCGAGCAGUCUGCGCUGCGCAAUGUCGUCGAGGCGAUGGACGAGGUGACGCAGCGGACGGAGAGGGAAAGGCGGCUGGCCGAGCUGUCGGAGGAGAGGAGGAGGCUUCUGACGGAGCAGAGGGCGGCGCGGGACGCUGCGGAAAAGAGCGAGACGCAAACGGCCCAGCGGGCCCAGGCGGAGGUGGCGAGGGGGCGUGCGGAGCGCGCGGAGCUCAAGGCUGCGCACUCCAAGACUCUCUACCAGGCGAAGGCGGAGCGCGCGGCAGAGCGUGCGGAGCUCGAGGCUGCGCACGCCAAGGCUCUCGACCAAGCGACGGCAGCGCGUGCGGAGCUCGAGGCUGCGCACGCCAAGGCUAUCGACCAAGCGACGGCAGAGUGCGCGGAGCUCGAAGCUGCGCACGCCAAGGCUCUCGACCAGGCGACGGCGGAGCGUGCGGCAGAGCGUGCGGAGCUCGAGGCUGCGCACGCCAAGGCUCUCGACCAAGCGACGGCGGAGCGCGCGGAGCUCGAAGCUGCGCACGCCAAGGCUCUCGACCAGGCGACGGCGGAGCGUGCGGCAGAGCGUGCGGAGCUCGAAGCUGCGCACGCCAAGGCUCUCGACCAGGCGACGGCGGAGCGUGCGGAGCUCGAGGCUGCGCACGCCAAGGCUCUCUACCAGGCGACGGAGGAGCGUGCGGAGCUCGAAGCUGCGCACUACAAGGCUCUCGACCAGGCGACGGCGGAGCGUGCGGAGCUCGAAGCUGCGCACGCCAAGGCUCUCGACCAGGCGACGGCGGAGCGCGCGGCAGAGCGUGCGGAGCUCGAGGCUGCGCACGCCAAGGCUCUCGACCAGGCGACGGCGGAGCGCGCGGCAGAGCGUGCGGAGCUCGAGGCUGCGCACGCCAAGGCUCUCGACCAGGCGACGGCAGAGCGUGCGGAGCUCGAAGCUGCGCACGCCAAGGCUCUCGACCAGGCGACGGCGGAGCGCGCGGAGCUCGAAGCUGCGCACGCCAAGGCUCUCGACCAGGCGACGGCAGAGUGCGCGGAGCUCGAGGCUGCGCACGCCAAGGCUCUCGACCAAGCGACGGCGGAGCGCGCGGCAGAGCGUGCGGAGCUCGAGGCUGCGCACGCCAAGGCUCUCUACCAGGCGACGGCGGAGCGUGCGGAGCUCGAAGCUGCGCACGCCAAGGCUCUCGACCAAGCGACGGCAGAGUGCGCGGAGCUCGAAGCUGCGCACGCCAAGGCUCUCGACCAAGCGACGGCGGAGCGCGCGGCAGAGCGUGCGGAGCUCGAGGCUGCGCACGCCAAGGCUCUCGACCAGGCGGCGGCAGAGCGUGCGGAGCUCGAAGCUGCGCACGCCAAGGCUCUCGACCAGGCGACGGCAGAGUGCGCGGAGCUCGAGGCUGCGCACGCCAAGGCUCUCUACCAGGCGACGGCGGAGCGUGCGGCAGAGCGUGCGGAGCUCGAGGCUGCGCACGCCAAGGCUCUCGACCAAGCGGCGGCAGAGCGUGCGGAGCUCGAAGCUGCGCACGCCAAGGCUCUCGACCAGGCGACGGCAGAGUGCGCGGAGCUCGAGGCUGCGCACGCCAAGGCUCUCGACCAGGCGACGGCGGAGCGUGCGGCAGAGCGUGCGGAGCUCGAGGCUGCGCACUCCAAGACUCUCGACCAGGCGAAGGCGGAGCGCGCGGCAGAGCGCGCGGAGCUCGAAGCUGCGCACGCCAAGGCUCUCGACCAGGCGACGGCGGAGCGCGCGGAGCUCGAAGCUGCGCACGCCAAGGCUCUCGACCAGGCGACGGCGGAGCGCGCGGCAGAGCGUGCGGAGCUCGAGGCUGCGCACGCCAAGGCUCUCGACCAAGCGACGGCGGAGCGCGCGGCAGAGCGUGCGGAGCUCGAGGCUGCGCACGCCAAGGCUCUCGACCAAGCGACGGCGGAGCGUGCGGCAGAGCGUGCGGAGCUCGAGGCUGCGCACGCCAAGGCUCUCGACCAAGCGACGGCAGAGCGUGCGGAGCUCGAGGCUGCGCACGCCAAGGCUCUCGACCAAGCGACGGCAGAGCGUGCGGAGCUCGAGGCUGCGCACGCCAAGGCUCUCGACCAAGCGACGGCGGAGCGCGCGGCAGAGCGUGCGGAGCUCGAGGCUGCGCACGCCAAGGCUCUCGACCAAGCGACGGCGGAGCGCGCGGAGCUCGAAGCUGCGCACGCCAAGGCUCUCGACCAGGCGACGGCGGAGCGUGCGGCAGAGCGUGCGGAGCUCGAAGCUGCGCACGCCAAGGCUCUCGACCAGGCGACGGCGGAGCGUGCGGAGCUCGAGGCUGCGCACGCCAAGGCUCUCUACCAGGCGACGGCGGAGCGCGCGGCAGAGCGUGCGGAGCUCGAGGCUGCGCACGCCAAGGCUCUCUACCAGGCGACGGCGGAGCGCGCGGAGCUCGAAGCUGCGCACGCCAAGGCUCUCGACCAGGCGACGGCGGAGCGCGCGGAGCUCGAUGCUGCGCACGCCAAGGCUCUCGACCAGGCGACGGCGGAGCGCGCGGCAGAGCGUGCGGAGCCAGAAGCUGCGCACGCCAAGGCUCUCGACCAGGCGACAGCGGAGCGCGCGGAGCCAGAAGCCGCGCACGCCAAGGCUCUCGACCAGGCAUCGGCGGGGCGAGCGGAGCUCGAAGCUGCGCACGCCAAGGCUCUCGACCAGGCGACGUCGGAGCGCGCGGCAGAGCGUGCGGAGCUCGAGGCUGCGCACGCCAAGGCUCUCGACCAGGCGACGGCGGAGCGCGCGGCAGAGCGUGCGGAGCUCGAGGCUGCGCACGCCAAGGCUCUCGACCAGGCGACGGCAGAGCGUGCGGAGCUGAGGGCGGAGCUGGCGGAGGAGAAGGCGAUGCUCAACGGCGCGGAAAUCAAUCCCGUUAAGGGCAAGAAGAAGAAGAAGAAGGGCGGCAUCCUGCGGCGAACUCGAAGCCGGCCCCCGGCCGGAAGGCCGAAGCUCGGGCACAGGCAAUACGCCUGGUCUGCCGGCCCGAAUGACACCGUCACGGCGCAGGUGGAGGCGGUACUAGCGGCGACCACGGAGGAGCUGUCGGUGGAGAGGAAGGUGCGCGCUUGCUCAGAGGCGGUCUUGGCGGAGGCGCACGCCGACGUGCAAGAGGAGGAGCGCCUCCGCCGGGAGGAGGAGAGCAAGAGGGCGUUCGAGCGGCGGACGAAUAUGGCGCUGCGAUCUGCGAAUGAGGAGCUGCGCGGCAAGGCGUGGGCCUCGCCCGUGGAAUCGCUCGGGGCGAUGGUCGAGUCGCUGAACACUCUUGUGGCCGGCCUGUCCAAGACCAGCCGGAACACCAAGCUGUCGCAGCGCGGCCCGGGGAUGUAG